UUUAAAUACUUGUACCUUUUCCCAAGAAGAAAUGUAAUAAAAAUGCAGGAGAUGUGAACCUUAAUUUAAGUAGAAAGCACAUGCCCAUUAUGUGCAGCUCAUCGAUCGUCAAACUAAUUAUCUUCUCUCUAACUCUUUAUAUCAAUAUCUCCGAUUCGUUCUCCAUUUUCCAAAAAUCAUGGCUUCAAAUCCUACUAUUAGCGUCAGAAAAAUGAGUACAAUCAGCCAAGCGCAUCCAACCACCGUAUUCCGGUGGGGACCACUAGCUCGCCGGAAAUUUUCAUUCAGGAAGAAGAGGUUGCCGACGGUGCGGCUAGGUGGCGGGAAGAAUAACAACAACAAUCGCCGGGGAUUCUCCGUCGCGAAGCUUUUCCGGCGAGUCAGAUUGCGGUGGCUGAAGUUGCAGUACACAUGUUUGAUGAAAAAGCUGAGAGAAUAUUAUCAGUCUGCGGUGAAAGAUUUAAUGGAAAAUGGCGGAGCACUUGACUCCUUCCAACAACGUCUGCUAUUGGAGACUUCUUUCGCCGUUCCGGUGAUGGGACUUUCCUUCAAUACUUUUCCCAAUCAUUAUGGCACUUAAAAUCUUUUUGGUAAAUAGGAUUUAUAUCAUCUAGCCAUUUCAAGUAUUAAAGUUGGGAAAACAAAAAUUGAAGAUGAAAUUGGAUAAAAGUUGAAGAAUUUAUGAGUUAAAAUCGUUGCACUAUUUUUUAGAAUUAAUUUGAAAAUAAAAUCUUCAAUAAUGCAUCAUUUUUUAAAAUGUUGAAUAAUUUCAUUA